AUGCAGCGGCCAGAACCCAGGCUAGUGAUUGACAUUCUCGGCCUGAAUCGCCUCCCUGCACCUGCUCUGCCCACGCUCGUGUCGUACGUGGGAGCAAGAGGCUUCAGAAUGGAAAGGGAGCUGCCAGGGCCGGGCAUGAGAUACGAUGUGAGGAAGGGCAAGUGGGAGGAGCCAACGGCCAAUGAGAGGGAAGCAGCCAUGGGGCACAGGUGGGAGGCCAUGGCACACCCCAAGGUGACGGAGGCGCAACGGAGGGCAGCCAUGGGCAGAGCCAUGGACUUAAAUGUGAUGAUGUGGAUCCUAGAGACGAUCCGAAUGCACCUAAAGAAGAAGGAGAUUGCCAGACAGAUCGAGUGCAGUGAGAGGUACCGCGAAGAAGGAGAGGUGGAGAGGAGGAAGCAGGAGCUAGAAUGGAUAGAGGAGCAGUAUGAAGGAAGGAUAAGGGAAGGAUGGGCCUUCAUGGCAGUGGAGGAGGCGCCAGAGAAGAUGCUGGGGGCAGGACACUCUGCAAGGGAAGAGGGAGCCUAG